AUGCAGACAGCGAGUAUCAGUGUAGAUGUCCUCUCCCUUUCGCCAACGACUCGUCGAAGCACCACCACUGCUGCAACAACGACUCCUACGAGCACCACCUCAGAAAGGACCACGCCAGCAGAUCUCCUCGGAACAACUACCCCCUUAACGACGACAGCGACGACAUCGACUGAUCAGGGGACUUCUAGUGAUGCCAUUUUAGACAGUUCAGCUAUCAUCGGCGCCUCAGCAGAAGACAACGCGCCCGAAUCAACACAUGAAACCACUAUGGCUCCUAUAGCAGUCCCUCCAGCAUCUCCAACGUUGGCUCCACCACCAGUAGCUCCUGUAUCGAGGUCUGUUUCCAAUGAGCUUCGAGCUGCACCAGAGUCAGUUGAUGAUUCGGUUGAGGACGAAGAUCUCGUGCUGUCCGCUCUUAAUCCUGGUGCUACUGGAGAAUCGCCGACCGUAUUGUUCUCUCUGGGCACAACAUCGUCGGAGCAAAUGAUGGCCACUGAAGCGCCCUCAUCGAAGGAAGAGCCAGUCAGAGUCAAACUUAUCGACGGAAGCUCUGAGCUUCUUCUGCCGAGAACAGAUUCACAUGAAGAAUUGAAUGACGACGGUGAGGAAGAAGCGGAAGAAGAAGCAGAAAGAAAAGACGACAAGAUCAAAAUGUCACUUGAAGGGUCCGGGAUGCCUAGUGCUUCCGUGGAAGUUUUCGAAACAACGACGUCUAGCAUCGGUUUUCCCUCCAGCAUGGAGACGACUGCAUCCAUAGAAGAAAUAUUGGCAGAAGCAGAAGAGAACAACGACACGGCGCUAACCGAAUCCCCAAGCACAACGCCAACACUACAACUUCCCAGUGAAGAAGCUGAAGAGCUGGAACUCGUUUUCGAAGGCACCAAGAAUGGCACAUUCAAGAUAGGGAAUUCUCUGAAAAGUGGGGAUUUAGAUUUCAGGACAAGAACUCCUACACAAACUUGUCGCUGGACCGAACAGAUGUUGUCGAUAUUAGGAAUUCGUCAUAUUACCGGAAACAAGGCCUAUCUAUUCGUGAAAGAUCCUUCAUUACUCAGUUCUUCCGUUGCAGUAAAAGUUAUGGCAGAAAGACCAUCCUCAGUUUCCAUCAAAGAGUUAACCUUGCUGGGAAGUCCAAGAAAGGCGUCAGAUCCUACUCCCAAAAUCGCAACUCAGAGCAAAAGUGUUGUCAAGGAGUACGAGUUUUCUAUCCCCGAGGAUGCGCCAUCAGGAUCAACUGUUGGACAAAUUGAGGACGGAGAAUCAAAGCGAGUAGUUCGGACCUCCGGGACUGCGAUGAUGUUCGUAUUUUUUACAUGCUGCAGGUUCUCCCUUCUUGGAUCGGACCUGAUACUUUCGUGCCCCAACGAGGACAGCUGCCUCGACUAUGAGAAGCAGAAGGUUCAUCAUGUGCUGCUGGUCGAUGCACAGGGGAAGAAAAGCCCACCAGUAUAUGUGAAGGUGAAACUGCAAGAUGUGAAUGACAAUCAGCCUCGACUUGAAGCAUCGGACAACUUCAUUCGUCUUUCCAACAACAAACUCAUCAUGCCCUUCAUCGUCCAGGUGCUUGAUCCGGACGAGCCAGCCUCAAACAAAAAUCAUCUCACUUUGUCAGGAGACGCCGCUAGUUUCUUGGGCGUAAAGGAGAUAUCAACAAAUCUCUAUCAGAUCGACGUCAUCGGUUUCGCCCCGACUGGUCAUCAUCAGCUGACAUUCACUGUUUCUGACGGUGAAUCUUCAAGCGAUUUGACAGUCGAAGUGCAAGUACAGAAUUCUCGAUCUCACGCUCACUUCAGAAGACCGAAGUAUUUGAGAUCGAUUACUGCGGAUAAAGUUCAUCAAGGUAAUCAGCUGCUCCAAGUGGAACUUGAAGGCGUUCCCAUCGAUGAGGCUCGCUUUGUAAUUCUUCAAGGAAAUCCAGGAUGGCUCAGCAUUGACGACUACGGAGGGCGCGUCGGAGUAGCUAAAUUCAUUAGUCCUGUGGAAUCUGGCACGUACCUUGUAGAAAUAGGAGCUGUGGAUCGGCAAAGCAACGCACUGCUGGCGCAGACUCAGUUGGAAAUCAAAGUCAGGAGACAAACUGAAUUCUCCGUACCAUUCAAGAUGAAGAAAUCAGGAACUGUCCGCGUUGCGUCUGUGUUCGCCAUUGACGAGAACGGCCAACAAAGCGAUUUCAAGAUGGCAUGCUGUUUCAAGUUGAUAUGUAGCCUAGGCAUUGAAUUCACUGAAGAGUUUUCCAGAGCGACAUAA